AUGAGAGUAUUGUUAUCAAUGUUGUUAACAAAUGAUAAGAAUAGUAAUACCGUAGAAAAGAAAUUUCAUUGCAAAAUAUCUCUUUAUAAUGUUAUAGUUGCCGGAUACCCAAGAGAAAAUCCUUCCCCGGCAUUUACUUUGCCUGGAGCCGGUGGAGCUGGUGGUGGCGGAUUUGGUCCAUCGUCCGGAGGCUUUUCAUCAGGGGCCUUUGGAUCUAAAUCCCCAAGUGGAGGGUUUGGAGGUUCAUCCGGAAGUUCCGGAGGACUAGGUGGAUCGGGAGGGUUCGGAGGAUCCCGACCAAGCUCUAGUUACGGAGCUCCAUCCGCAGGCGCAUUCGGAGGAGCUGGAGGAAGCGGUGGCGCCGGAGGAUUAGGAGGGUCCGGUGGAUUUGGUGGUUCCGCUGGACUCGGAGGAGCUGGAGGAAGCGGUGGCGCUGGAGGAUUAGGAGGAUCUGGUGGAUUUGGUGGUUCCGCUGGACUCGGAGGAUCCGGCGGAUUUGGUGGCUCUGGUGGCCGCGGAGGAUCCGGUGGAUUUGGUGGUUCUUCUGGAUCUAGACCAAGUUCAACUUACGGAGCUCCAUCAUCGGGAGCUUUUGGAGGAUCUAAAGGUAGUGGCGGCGCUGGAGGUUCUGGUGGAUUUGGAGGAUCAGGAUCCGGGGGUUUCGGAGGAUCUGGAGCCGGAGGAUUCGGAGGAUCCGGUGGUGCCGGUGGAUUUGGUGGUUCUUCUGGAUCUAGACCAAGUUCAACUUACGGCGCUCCCUCAUCUGGUGCUAUUGGAGGAUCUAAAGGUAGUGGUGGCGCUGGAGGAUUAGGAGGAUCCGGUGGAUUCGGAGGUUCUGGAGGACUCGGAGGAUCCGGCGGAUUUGGUGGUGCUGGUGGACUCGGAGGAUCCGGCGGACACGGUGGUGCCGGUGGAUUUGGUGGUUCUUCCGGAUCUAGACCAAGUUCAACUUACGGCGCUCCAUCAUCUGGUGGUUUUGGAGGAUCUAAAGGUAGUGGUGGUGCUGGAGGAUUAGGAGGAUCCGGUGGAUUCGGUGGUUUUGGCGGACUCGGAGGAUCUGGAGCCGGAGGUGCUGGAGGAUUCGGAGGGUCCGGUGGUGCCGGUGGAUUUGGUGGUUCUUCUGGAUCAAGACCAAGUUCAACUUACGGCGCUCCCUCAUCUGGUGGUUUUGGAGGAUCUAAAGGUAGUGGUGGCGCUGGAGGAUUAGGAGGAUCCGGCGGAUUCGGUGGUUCUGGUGGACUUGGAGGAUCCGGCGGAUUUGGUGGCGCUGGUGGACUCGGAGGAUCCGGCGGACACGGUGGUGCCGGUGGAUUUGGUGGUUCAUCUGGUUCUAGACCAAGUUCGACUUAUGGAGCUCCAUCAUCUGGAGCUUUUGGAGGAUCUGGAGGUAGUGGUGGAGCUAAAGGAUCUGGAGGAUUCGGUGGAUCAGGUUCUGGUGGCGCUGGAGGAUUAGGAGGAUCUGCUGGAUUCGGAGGUUCUGGAGCAGGUGGUGCUGGAGGACUUGGAGGAUCCGGCGGACGCGGUGGGUCCUCUGGAUUUGGUGGUUCUUCUGGAUCUAGACCCAGUUCAACAUAUGGCGCUCCAUCAUCUGGUACUUUCGGUGGUGCUGGAGGAUUAGGAGGAUCGGGAGGAUUUGGAGGUUCUGGAGGACUUGGUGGUUCCGGAGCAGGAGGCGUUGGAGGUUUCGGAGGAUCUGGCGGACGCGGUGGUGCCGGUGGAUUCGGUGGUUCAUCGGGUUCUAAACCAAGUUCAACUUAUGGAGCACCUUCCACAGGUGGAUUUGGUGGAUUAGGUGCUGGUGGCGCUGGAGGAUCAGGUGGUUUCGGAGGUGCUGGAGCUGGUGGUGCUGGAGGACUCGGAGGUUCUGGUGGACUUGGAGGGUCCGGUGGAUUCGGAAGUUCUGGUGGUAAAGGUACAGCUGUUGGAUUUGGUGUUUCUGGAUCAUCAAGACCAAGCACAUUAUAUGGUGCCCCAAGUACCGGAGGUUUCGGAAGCACAUCCGGUGGUGCUGGAGGUUCUGGUGGAUUUGGAGGAUCAGGAUCCGGUGGUUUCGGAGGAUCUAAAGGUAGUGGUGGUGCUGGAGGAUUAGGAGGAUCCGGUGGAUUCGGUGGUUCUGGAGGACUCGGAGGAUCCGGCGGAUUUGGUGGUGCUGGUGGACUCGGAGGAUCCGGCGGACACGGUGGUGCCGGUGGAUUUGGUGGUUCCGGAUCUAGACCAAGUUCAACAUACGGUGCUCCAUCAGCUGGUGCUUUUGGAGGAUCUAAAGGUAGUGGUGCCGCUGGAGGAUUAGGAGGAUCCGGCGGAUUCGGUGGUUCUGGAGGAUUCGGAGGAUCUGGAGCCGGAGGUUCUGGAGGAUUUGGAGGAUCCGGCGGCCACGGUGGAUCUGGAGCCGGAGGUGCUGGUGGAUUCGGAGGUUCAUCUGGUUCUAGACCAAGUUCAACUUACGGAGCUCCAUCAUCUGGAUCAUUUGGAGGAUCUAAAGGUAGUGGUGGCGCUGGAGGAUUAGGAGGAUCUGGUGGAUUCGGAGGUUCUGGUGGUGCUGGAGGAUUCGGAGGAACUGGAGCCGGAGGUUUUGGAGGAUUUGGAGGAUCCGGCGGCCACGGUGGAUCUGGAGCCGGAGGUGCCGGUGGAUUCGGAGGUUCAUCUGGUUCCAGACCAAGUUCAACUUACGGAGCUCCAUCAUCUGGAUCUUUUGGAGGAUCUAAAGGUAGUGGUGGCGCUGGAGGAUUAGGAGGAUCUGGUGGAUUCGGAGGUUCUGGAGGAUUAGGAGGAUCCGGCGGAUUUGGUGGCGCUGGUGGACUCGGAGGAUCCGGCGGACACGGUGGUGCCGGUGGAUUUGGUGGUUCUUCCGGAUCUAGACCAAGUUCAACAUACGGUGCUCCAUCAUCUGGAGCUUUUGGAGGAUCUAAAGGUAGCGGUGGCGCUGGAGGAUUCGGAGGAUCCGGCGGAUUUGGUGGUUCUGGUGGACUUGGAGGAUCUGGAGCCGGAGGUGCUGGUGGAUUUGGUGGUUCUGGAGCUGGUGGUGCUGGAGGAUCCGGCGGACAUGGUGGUGCCGGUGGAUUUGGUGGUUCCUCUGGCUCUAGACCAAGUUCAACCUACGGAGCUCCAUCAUCUGGAGGUUUUGGAGGAUUUGGAGGUAGCGGUGGAGGUAAAGGAUCUGGUGGGUUCAGAGGCUCUGGAGCUGGUGGUGCUGGAGGAUUCGGAGGAUCUGGAGCCGGAGGUUCUGGAGGAUUUGGAGGAUCUGGCGGCCACGGUGGUGCCGGUGGAUCUGGAGCCGGAGGUGCUGGAGGAUUCGGAGGAUCUGGUGGUGCCGGUGGAUUUGGUGGUUCUUCCGGAUCUAGACCAAGUUCAACUUACGGUGCUCCCUCAUCUGGAGCUUUUGGAGGAUCUAAAGGUAGUGGUGGCGCUGGAGGAUUAGGAGGAUCUGGCGGAUUCGGUGGUUCUGGUGGACUUGGAGGAUCUGGAGCCGGUGGUGCUGGUGGAUUUGGAGGUUCUGGUGGACUUGGAGGAUCUGGAGCCGGUGCUGCUGGUGGAUUCGGAGGUUCUGGUGGUGCUGGAGGAUUCGGAGGGUCCGGAGGUGCCGGUGGAUUCGGAGGUUCAUCUGGUUCUAGACCAAGUUCAACUUACGGAGCUCCAUCAUCUGGAUCUUUUGGAGGAUCUAAAGGUAGUGGUGGCGCUGGAGGAUUAGGAGGAUCCGGUGGAUUUGGAGGAUCUAGUGGUUCUGGUGGACUUGGAGGAUUAGGAGGUAGUGGUGGUGCUGGAGGAUUCGGAGGAUCCGGUGGAUUAGGUGGUUCUGGUGGUUUUGGUGGUUCAUCCGGAUCUAGACCAAGCUCAACUUAUGGAGCUCCUUCUAAAGGUGGAUUCGGUGGUUCAGGAGCCGGAGGUUCUGGAGGUUUUGGUAGCUCAGGAGCCGGAGGUUCUGGAGGUUUUGGUGGUUCAGGAGCCGGAGGUUCUGGAGGUUUUGGUGGUUCUGGAGCCGGAGGUUCUUUCGGGUCUGGUAGUUUCGGAGGUAACAAAGGCUCCGGUUUUGGAGGAUUGUCUGGAGUUGGUGGAUUCGGUGGAUCUUCUUUUGGAAGUAGGGUUCCUUCAACUGUUACUCAACAAACUGAUGCCAAUGGAGCUUACAUUUAUUGA